AUGCUGGUAGCAACGUUUUUUAUCUUUUGUGCAUGUUGGCUUCACGUUCGAGCAGAAAUAGUGUCAACGAAGUAUGGAGAUAUCGAUGGUCUCGUGACUUCGUAUCCAAAUGCCUCUGGUCCGUUCAAAUCGAUCAGCAAAUUUCUUGGCGUUCCUUUCGCCGCUCCACCAACUGGAGAGCUAAGGUUUAAAGGCCCACAACCGCCAAAAGAGUGGAAACCAAAGGUUUAUUCGGCUAAAACCCAUGGGAGCGUCUGCUUACAGCCCAAACUUUUCGAAAACUUAAUCGAGGCUUUUACUUCAAAUUUCACUUUCAGCGAGGAUUGCUUGUAUCUUGAUAUCUACAGCCCGAACAUCAGCCUCAGUUUGCCAGUGAUGGUUUACAUUCACGGUGGAGGUUACCUUAUGGGAACAGCGAUCACUUUUCCUAGCGAUAUCCUGGCUCUCCAGGGGGUGGUGGUGGUCAUUAUCCAGUAUCGUCUAGGUCCCUUUGGUUUCUUGACGACGGGUGAUUCAGCGGCGCCUGGUAACUAUGGGAUGUUGGAUCAAGUAGAAGCACUGAAGUGGGUCAAAGAAAACAUUCAGAAUUUUGGCGGGAAUCCUAGCAAAGUGACCAUAUUUGGAGAGAGCGCUGGAGGAACUAGCGUGGGGCUCCAUCUUCUAUCGCCUCUAUCACGUGAUCUCUUUCAUCAAGCCAUUCCAGAGAGCGGUGUUGAUUUAAGUCCCUUUGCGAUUCAGCCAACGUCUUUUGGUCUCCGUUUCACUAAAGAGCUUGCACAAAAACUGAAUUGUGGAUCCAGUGACCAUUAUGCAAUGGUUUCUUGCAUGCGCAGUAAAACAGGGUCAGACAUGCAAAAAGCCGCCGAGUCAAUCAGAUUUGGUUUCGUUAAUUAUAUUUACUGGGCACCAGUCGUAGAUAAAAACUUUCUUCAUGAUACACCCCAGGUUUUGAGGAAAAAAGGAGAAUUCAAGCCAUUGCCGCUUAUCAUCACCUUCACAAGUAACGAGGGAGCGACUUUUCUCGGAGACAUGGUCAACAAUUCUUUUGGGCUGAUGGAGAGCGUGGACAAUGGAGUCAGUCCGACUUUGUUCAAAUCAUUCCUUACUAAGUUCGCGCAAGUUCAAAACAGUAGGUAAGAUCAGUGAAAAUUAAAUAUUUGCUCAAUAGUUUCAAUGCAGCAGAUCCCCGUUAACUCCAACUUCCCGCUAACUCUGACUAAAUUCAAUUUCCCUUGGAUUUCACCCCCCUUUUCUGUCAUUUGUACACGGUUAACUCCAACUCGGAUAACUCGAAUUCCCCGCUAACUCGAACUAAAACACCUCUUCGCCUCCCCUGAUAAAAAAAGUCUCUGAAAUGUACCCCGAUAACUCGACUUCUGGUUCUUUUAACUACUAAACUAAUCUAUAAACUAACUAAUCCCAGUAGCUCUUCUUGUUAUAUGAGGGCGUGAAACACUAAAACUGACACUGGUCACUGUUAAAAGCAAUUUCAUUUUAAUUGGUGAAACGAACAGAGCACGUUUUACCAUAAAAGUGCCUAAUCAUGUUACCGUGUCUGAUAAAAUAUGUAAACUUGUACUGCACCAUACACUGAAAUGAAUUUUUUAAUCGACCCCGGUAACUCCCGGCUUGACUACUCGAACUGUUCGGUAAUCGAACUUAAUCGAACGAACCACGAGAGUUCGAUUAAGUUCGAUUUUUGAACUUAAUCGAACCAAUCGAACUUAAUCAAGCGUUCUAAACCAACACUUAUAGACAAGAACAAAGCAAUAAAACAACCAAAUCAACUAAGAUCGUGAGGAAUAAAUGUUAUGGGUUUAUUGAAUUCGCGUGAUCGCUUUGUUUUACUGUAGCGCUGCUUUCGCGUGGCAGACACAAACGUGGAGGAAAUCUGAACGUGCCGGUGCGAUUGGCUGCGGCGUUACCUACGAGGGACGUUCUAAAGUUAAAAAACCCUCUAAUGAAGCAUAUCAUUCACUCUGUGAAUGAGGAGGUUGAUUAAAGGAUAAAGUUGUAAUAUGGCGAUGUAGUCUUAUUGUUCCCGGGUGUUCUUGUAUAUAUUUUCGCUCCAAAAAUUACACUACACGGUACACUGAUCUGCUACAACGUAACCACUACCGGAAUAUACUCAGUCGUAGUUUAUUAUGUACCCUGUUUAGGACAGAAAGGUCAGGAACCAAACCCUGUCCAGUGGCACAUCCCCGUAUAGGUCAUAUAACCUAAGCAAGUAACCUCCCGGGGUCAUAACAGGCCAUCAACCAUGUUGCAUUAACAUUUAUCAAGAGAGAGUAAUAGCGACUGCUGUUUCUCUCUGGAGACCAUCCUCCGAUUAACUCAAGCGUUUAUCGAUCGCAAAAUAACUUUGGUGAAAUUCACAUACCCCCAGGGCUAGACAGGGCCUUUCCCUCUGUGUCUCAUUAUUCCCUUUUUGCAUUUAUUUAUUCAUUUCAGUGUUUAUUUAUUUGCUUUUGUUUUAUUUGCGCGCAGUGUUUUACUUUUCCCUUCAAAAUAAAACUAGUGAGGCAAGUGCCUCGGAUUGCUUCACACUGGGCACGGCUCUGGUCUGUGAAAUAAUUGUUAAAUAUCCGUCAUUUUUUUAGGAAGAAGAAUGCUGAUCUUCUCGCCGAUGCCUUGGAGUUCAUGUACACCCCCUGGCCUGACAACAGUAACACAUACGCAUUAAGAAGUGGACUUGUUGAUGUUAUUGGAGAUAACCUUUUCGUUGCCCCCAGUCACAAAGUCGCUGAUGUUCACAGUCAGGUUGCUCCUGUUUACAUGUAUGAAUUUGCUCAUCGGGCAAAGUCAAGUUUGGUGAUACGUGCAGAGUGGAUGGGCGUUGUUCAUGGCGAAAACAUUCCCUUUGGUUUCGGAGUUCCUUUCCUUCCCAAAUUUUUGCCAUUUUAUAGUCCCGCUGACAGAAAUGUUAGUCUGUUUAUUAUGACCAUGUAUUCAAACUUUGCCCGGUCCGGCGAUCCUUCAGUCAGCGGUGUCGCGUGGGAGAAAUACAACUCGAGUCACAGAGCUUACCUUAAAGUGUACACAAGUCCCAAACUGAAGGCGUCAUUCAAUUCUCGUCGAAUGUCUUUUUGGAAUAAUUACUAUCCUAAAUUGGAGCAGGUGAGGUUCGAUGUCAAUAAAGAGGUGGUCAGCGCUGCAGAGGAUGUUGUUACCAUGGGAACUUCUCUUCAAGUUGUAUUUGCUUUAAUAGUAUACUUGAGUUACUAAGACCUUACUUUGUUUUUUACUCAUUCAUUCAAGUUUAUAAGAAGUGGAUAUGAUUAAUAUUUUCUUUAAUCGGUUGAUGAGCGGGAAGUAGAGCAUGGUGUAUAUAGUCAAACCAACUUAAAAAAGUCAGUAAAGAAAAAAGGGCGAUUUCAGUUUUUGCAAAAAGGUUCAUAACUGUUAUUGAAUGAAGCUGAGAAUGAUACGAGGAAUUAUGCAGAUAGAGGAUUGAAUAAUUAUACUGAUUAGUGAAUUAAUAGGGUACAGACUUAAAAUGAUUGUUGCUCCUGCAAUUAUAACCAUUCAUCGAUAGGAAAUGACUAAGGUUCGAACAAUUCUACAAUUGUUUUGGGCUCCAUGAAAUCCUAAUUUUAUAUCUUUAAGUUUUAGCAGUCUUCAUUGUAUUUGGCCGAGCAUUAAAUUUACUAUUUUUUUUAAAUUGCAAUUUUAGCUGAUCGCACUGCUCUGAAUAAAGUACAGUCAAACCUCUCUACAAAGGUCAUGGGUUUGUAACGUCCACUUUUUCUGUUCAUAGACUCGAGUAUUCCCUCGUUUUCCUUAGAGACAGCAAAGUGAGCGAAAGGGCCAUUUGAAAAAACAUCGUUCGCGAUUCUUAUUGGACGUAUCUUUUUUUAUCACGUGUGAAAACCAUCGUUCGCUCCUCUGAUUGGGUAGAACUAAUUUGCGUAUGAAAAUUUACGACAUAGCUUUUUGGUGAGUAGUUCUCAGUAUAUAUAUCUAGCUGGAUUUGUGAAAACCGCACCAGCUGGCUCCUCGAGGCCACACACCUUAAACCGACUCAACUAAAGUAAAUAUUUCCAAGAAACUCAGCUCUUACCCAUGGUUCUCUUAAGGUGACUCUGUUCUUGGUUCCUGAUUAGCGAAGAAACAUUCAAAGUCCAUCAAAUAGACACUCUGGACUUGGCCAUACACUCUAGCUGUUUAAAGGCUCUAAAUGACAGAGGAUGCUUGAGACUUAAGCAAGUUUUAGGCAGAGAAUUCAAGGCCACAUCACUCCCGCUGACUUUCUCCCCCACCCCAGCCAAGCAGGUGCUUGAGGGGAAUGCUUUCAUUGGCCAAUGGGCCUCAAACAUUACAAGAACUUAAGGCAGACAUGACGAGUGCACUGACUCUACCACAGCAAGACUAACAGGCGGUACCACGCUUUUGCAGCACCCUCCCACCUAGGGAUUGACAUGGAGGCUUCUUCCCAACCCAUACCAAGUUAGCUCAAGGACUGAGCUUGACAAUGAGACCAACCAGGACGGCAAGCCCCCUAUGUUUAUUCUCACCGCAGUGACCAGAACCCUGGCUAUCGCCAGGUUCCUGUGCGGAUAUUCUGGCCCGUUUUGAGGUAUGUUUUCAAAAAUUCGGCUAGAUAUAUAUAAUAAAGAGUUUUAUUUCAUCCCUUCCGAUAACGGUCGCCUGUUUAAUUAAUUCUAAUUGUCUCCGAAUCAUUAGGAUUACGACGUUAAGGCAAUAGCAUUCUGGGCGACGACAUCGUUUGAACAGGGCUUACCUUACACCGUUUUUCUUAUAUAUUAUUUAUUUCUGCAAAAAAUUCGCCGUUUCUAAUUGGCCCAAAUCCCCCGGGCUACCUCUACAUAACCAACUGGCAUUUACCAUAUUUGGGAAAUGCGUGCGAGCAAUAUAUUGUAAAAGACAAACUUAAAGCAAGGAGCACACAUACACCAACCUACGGCCUGGCCAGUACCUCACGCAUGCCCCCUUGCUUAAAGUUUGUCUUAUUAUAUUGUCAAUUGGAUGAUAUUUUUGCCUAGAAACGCUGCUGCUUACGCAAUAGUGAAAGAAAAAUACAAAACUAAGAAAAGACAACCCAGCCGGAAAAUAAACCAACCCGGUGAAGUUUUCUCCUAGAACUCGGUAAAGAUACAGAUUCCGCUGGGUCUGUUACAGAGAGGUGUCCAUAUUGUCCACCUUUCAACAACGGACACGUACCUCACAAGAGGCCACACAAAAGUUGUGAACGUUGCUCUUUUUUUAAUUUAGAGGAAACGUUCUUCUUAAUAUUAUCAUAAUACAUUUUAAUAUAGACACACUCGGUUAUCUUAGUGAUCUAAAUAAUCUGAUUGGCUCGCUAUCUCGGACUAUUCACCUCUAAGCGAGUGGAUAAUGUGUGAGCUCGGUGUUUUUCCCCUUUUUCAGAGAGCGAUCUUUUAAAAGUCGACAAAAUCCUAGGGUUGACUUUUUUUAAGGCAAGAAAAGACUUGAAAGGAUUCAAAACGGCGUUUUUCCAUUUACUGUAGUUGAGUUUUGUGCUCGAUGGAUUGUUUACAACUCCCGUUUAUUCGCGUAGAAGAAGGCAUUUAUCGAAGUUUAUUUAUGACAAACAAAUCUGAAAGCAAAUGUUUGCAAAGAUUCUACGUUUCAAGCAAAUAGGAAAAAGAAUGGUACAGGAAGACGACGUCUUACCUCCCCGAGCAACCGAGCCGCCAUUUUUAUCAGCACUUCAUGCGAAGAACGACACAACCAUAGGAGUACGGGCUAUUUUUUGCCAGGGGGGGCGGUAAACCAUUUGCCCAAAAAAUUUUUGCAAGUUGCCCAAAUUUUUACAAAACAGUCGAACAGAAACGAGGGCCGAUGCAACAACAUAGGCAGCACUCGCAUAUGAAAAUGGCUCCAUACAGUUUUUCAGGGUCAAUACCUGCCAAGUUUGAGCAUAAACUACGUCGCCAUAAACAAACAUUUGGAAAAAUUACCACCACACUUGUAUUAGAUAAGAUGAAAAUUUGUUGUGAUCAGGGUUGCAAUGACAUCGGAGAUGUUAUAGCAACGAAAUGAAGCCAUUACCUAUUAUACUUGCAGCAAUAUUUCUCUCUGGGAACUGUUCUUCUAAAAUCGAUCACAUGAGCUUUUUCCUCCUAUAGUCGCCUCGAUGUUCGUGAAGUUAAAACGGAAUCUGUAAGAGCGUUAUCGAGAUAGUUUGGGAUAAAGUUUUUAUCGUUGGAAAUACGGUAAAAAAAGGAAAAUCUUGAUGUUUGGCCGUUAUCUGUAGAAAACGAUGCGCUUUUGACAUGCAACUUCUCCUUAUAGUAGUGUCAAUCUUUUUAAAAACGGGAGAUAGAUCGGCCAAUUACUACAAAGAAGGAUUUGAUUAGUAUGUAUCAUGGCGCUCUUGUUAGCGGUUUUGUAAACAUUUCAGUCUACUUUAACAAAUUAUUGAAUAAUUUUUAAGCCGCUCGAUAGACUUUUUAAAAAAAUCAAGAUUCUUCUCGCAAUUCAAACUGAGAAUUAGUCAGCCACUUCUUCACUUUAAGACCCAUUGCUGAUGCUAUCUGCCAUACAGUGUUCUACGAGCGGAGAUGAUUCUAGAAAGUUAGACGGAAGUUUAUUCUAAUCAAUUCACGACUGGAAAUAGCCCAUUGCAGUACAGUGCCCAACAAUAAAAAAAAAAUCAGCAUAUGAUACCUUUCCUUUAUAACCAGAAAUUCGUCGCGUGCUAGGCAGACAAUGUCUCGUGUCAAUGUAACUGGAUUAUUACGCCGACUUCAGGUUAAAAGAGAAAAUAUUUAUCUCUUCAAAAUAUUAAUAAAACAUGGCGACGUCUUUGCCCAAAUUUUCUCGUGCUGCCCAAAAAAUCUUAGUUGCCCAAAAUUUGGGGGGGCUGCAGCCCCCCUCGCCCCCCCGGCCCGUACGCCUAUGGACACAACAAACCCUUUUGGCUAUAAACUUGGCGAGUCAACAGAAAACAACAAAGCUCUACUUUUCUUCUCGGGUAAGGAAACAAUUCAAACUUUUAACGGUUCCGUUUAAGCCAUUACGCUGUUGUUUGCGAAGUGAUAAACUUGUGAAUUGCCAUGUUUGAAAAUUCUGCAAAGAUCAGUUUUAAAAUUCCGCGUGAUUUGAUCCGUCAAUCAAAUCGUACUUUUGAAUGGUUUCCUCUCUGUUUUUGAAAGAGAUCACUUCGUGUGUAUGUACUAAAAGAAUUAUUCUUUUCUCGCUGAAUAGUGGCUUUAGGAAUAUUUACCUCGCCGCUUUGCACCUCGGUAAAUAAAAGCAACUAUUCACCUCGAUUUCAAAGAAUAAUUUUUAAGUGUAGCAAUUUAUUUACCCUGAUUAAGAUCAAAAUAAACUUGUAUUAAAAAAAUUUGUAUUUUAUUUAUUUUUGUCCUUGUUCCCUUUUAUCUGCUAUCAAAACAGUUUUGAAGGCCGCUUAUCACUAACCUUCACACUCUUUUAAAGAACUCUAAUCCAAUAAGACACCCUGUUGAAGUCGCUAAAUGGCGAAAUUGUUUUCCCUGUUAAGAACUCAAAACCCUGAAAACCAUGCUUUCAGCGGCUUACCCGUAUAGGCCCAAGAAAGUACUCCUCUCCGGAUGUUGGCCCCAGUUUUUUUAAGUUGAAUAGCGCUAUCUGCGGAUAGAUUUCUCUUCGGUGGGUUGGUGUGUAGAAAAACAAACUGCGUUUAUCUGGUGGUCUGGAUAACACAUAUUUUGCUGAAUACUCAAACUAAUGACACAUUCUAAUGGUCAUUUCAGCGAUUUUGCUUUUAUCAAUUGCAUGAUCUGUUUAUGAUAUGUGCAUAAAACUUAUAUGUGUUGUUAAAAAUGCCAACCCCAAUAAACCGGCAGCAAAUGAACAAUACCAGUUUCUGUCGCAAGAAAUGUGGCCUUUCGUGAGAAAAAAAUAUAUUGUUUUGUGAACUGAUGACUUUCGCAGUUGCCAUUCGAUAUGAUUAAAAGUAGGAAAAUUCCUCAAUUCAUUAAGAUUGAAAGAGUGUGAUAACAAGACGUGAAUUUCUUAACAUUUUUAUCUAUGCUAUGCACGUAUUUAAGGACCCUAAAGACCCACUUCCGUCACUUAGGUCGAUAUAUCGGACGACAUUAUUUCCGUUACUUGGAAUUUUCCUAAUACUAAUUCCAUGAUGUGUCAUGAUAUACUUUUCAAAAGACCUUUUUUUGUCAGUAUUAAAACCGCCAGCUCAGUGAAUAAUAUCCUUAAAAAAACGCAGAGAGCCAUGAACAAUACCAAUUUCCUUUUGUUCUUUAAAAUGCACAGUUAGCAAAUCUAAGGUGCUCCGGCUCGCUCACGCAAUUCGAUAACUUGACCGGGCAACUUGUGUUACAUGUGUUGGGCCCAGAUCGAUUAUUCAGAGUGAAGAUGCGUGAAAUCCAGAUUUUUCCCAUAGUUUGUAAUAAAUUGUUUUGUAACCUUUUUAGAAAUAUAUUUUUAUCAACCAGAUUGCAUAGUCAGUAAAACGCCAAUAAGGAAAAUGAGGGGUGCUCAAAUUGUGUUCAUGUAAAAUAUCGGCACUCUUUCACCAUCACAUGUAAAUGUAUCAAGUUUGAUUGACGUCCAGGAUUUUAAAAAACAUUUCCAUAAAAAGACUUGCUGCGAGAUGAAAAGUAACUCAAAACUGUUGGCUUAACCUUCAUUUGGCUAGUUUCAACAAGUUAGUAAAAGAAACUGCUCCACAAGAAGAGGUGUGUUCAAAGAUGCUGCUAGCAACGUUAUUUCUCUUUUGUGCAUGUUGGCUCCAUGUUCGAACAGAAACAGUGUCAACUAAGUAUGGAGAUAUCUAUGGUCUCGUGACUUCGUAUCCGAAUGCUUCUGGUCCGUUCAAAUCCGUCAGCAAAUGUUUCGUUGGCGUCCCUUUCGCCGCUCCAGCAACUGGAGAGCUAAGGUUUAAAGCCCCACAACCACCAAAAGAGUGGAAACCAAAGGUUUAUUCGGCUAAAACCCAUGGGAGCGUUUGCUUACAGCCCAGACUUUUCGAAAACUUUAUCGAGCCUGGCAAAUUUCACUUUCAGCGAAAGACAAAACAAUACUGACUUUUUAGAUGGAACUAUUGUAUUUUGCUGAGCAUUUAAUUUACUUUUUCAAUUUUAGCUGAUAUCAGAUCCGGGACUGCUCUAAAAGUACAGUCAAAACCCUCUACAAAGGUUAUGCGUCUAGAACGUCACGUUUUUGGACUUACAGUUCAUAACCUCCUCCGGCAUCUAGUUUUCUACCAUGGCUUUUCAAGUAUUAGUCCAUGAGUUCAGGAAUUAUGAUCUAAUUACUCUGAAAAUGUGGUUGCCUUUUUUGUUGAUGUACAUGUAGAUUGUGUUAGGUAUUUUAAAAUAUGUAAUACAAAGCAUUUUUAAAACUAAAAUUGUUACACUCUCCCUUUACGGCACUAAAAAUAGAGUUUUAUUCCAUCCCUACCUCCCCAGAACGGUCGCCUUUUUAAUUAAUUGUAAUUAUUAUUCCUUGCUGUUCUUUUCAGAGAAAAUGUUUUUAUUAUCGUAGUACACUGUGUUGCAGUGUAUUUACCCUGAUGAAGAUCACAAUAAACUUAUUUCUACCUUAUUUUUGUUCUUGUUCCCUUUAGCUAUAAAAACGGUUUUGAAGGCCGCUUAUCACUAGGCUUCACACUCUUAGAAUUCUAAUCCAAUAAGACAUCCUGUUGAAGUCGCUACAUGGCGAUAUUGUUUUCCCUGUUAAGAACUCAAGUCUCUGAAAAUCAUGCUUUCAGCGGCACACCGUAUAGGCCCAAGAAAGUACUCCUCGUCGGGUGUUGGCCCUAGUUUUUUUAAGUUGAAUAGCGCUAUCCGCGGAUAGAUUUCUCUUCGGUGGGUUGGCGUGUGGGAAAACAACUAAGUUUACCUAGUGGUCUGGAUAACAGAUAUUUUGCUGAAUACUCAAAAUAAUGACACAUUCUAAUGGUCAGUUCAGCGAUUUUUCUUUUAUCAUUUGCAUGAUCUGUUUAUGAUAUAUUCAUAAAACCUAAAUGUGUUGUUAAAACUGCCAACCGAAUAGACCGGCAGCAAAUGAACAAUACCUGUUUCUGUCGCAAGAAAUGUGGCCUUUCGUGAGAAAAAAAAAUAUUGUUUUGUGAACUGACUUUCGCAGUUGCCAUUCGAUUUGAUUAAAAGUAGGAAAAUUUCUCAAUUCAUUAAGAUUGAAAGAGUGUGAUAACAAGACGUGAAUUUCUUAACAUUUUUAUUCAUGCUAUACACGUAUUUAAGGACCCAAAGACCCACUUCCGUCCCUAAAGUUGAUGUAUGGGACGAUAUUAGUUCCGUUUCUUGGAAUUUUCCUUUUAUGAAUUGAAUGAUGUGUCAUGAUAUAGUUUUCAAACGACCUUUGUUUGUCAGUGUUAAAACCGCCAGCUCAGUGAAUAAUAUCCUUAAAAAAACACAGAGAGCCAUGAACAAUACCAGUUUCCUUUUGUUCUUUUAACUGCACAGUCAGCGAAUCCAAGGUGUUCUCGCUCACGCAGUAAGAUUAAAGAAAUUCGACAAUAUGUGUUAUAUGUGUUGGGCCCAGAUCGAUCAUUCAGGGUGAAGAUGCGUGAACUGAUCCAGAUUUUUCUCAUAGUUUGCAUUACAUUUUCUUGUAACCUUUUUAGAAAUAUAUUUUUAUCAGCCAUAAUUACAUAGUCAAUAAAACGGCAAUAAGGAAAAUGAGGGGUGCUCAAAUUGUGUUCCUGUAAAAUAUCGGCAUUCUUUCACCAUCACAUGUACAUGUAUCAAGUUUGAUUGACGUCAAGGAUUUUAAAAAAAUUCUAUAAAAAGACUCGCUGCGAGUUGAAAGGUAACUUAAAACUGUUGACUUAACCUUCAUUUGGCUAGUGCCAACUAGUCAAGCUCGGUCGUUGUUUCAUAUUAGUGAAAGAAACAGCUCCACAAGAAGAAGUGUUCAAAGAUGCUGGUAGCAACGUUUUUUAUCUUUUGUGCCUGUUGGCUUCACGUUCGAGCAGAAAUAGUGUCAACGAAGUAUGGAGAUAUCGAUGGUCUCGUGACUGCGUAUCCGAAUGCCUCUGGUCCCUUCAAAUCGAUCAGCAAAUUUCUUGGCGUUCCUUUCGCCGCUCCACCAACUGGAGAGCUAAGGUUUAAAGCCCCACAACCACCAAAAGGUGGAAACCAAAGGUUUAUUCGGCUAAAACCCAUGGGAGCGUCUGCUUACAGCCCAAACUUUUCGAAAACUUAA